AUGGGAAAUCUUCCACCUGAGCGAACGAAACCAUCGGACCCGUUCUACGUGUGUGGAGUGGACUAUGGCGGUCCAAUUACAUUAGUUCAACGAAGAGGACCUGGCUCUCCCACAACGAAAGGCUACAUAGCGGUGUUCAUUUGUUUUUCAACAAGAGCAGUGCACCUGGAGGCAGUUAGUUCACUAUCAACAAAGGCUUUCCUGGCAGCAUUGCGACGAUUUGUAGCACGCCGGGGACAUUGCGGUCAUAUCUACAGCGAUAACGGCACCAACUUCGUAGGCGCUGCACGGGAAAUGAAGGAAUGGUACCAGAAGGCUCGAACGCAGGAUCAUAACGAUCAAGUGGCAGAUUAUUUAGCGAUGGGCGGAACGUGCUGGCACUUCAUCCCGCCUGGAUCUCCACACAUGGGCGGUCUCUGGGAGGCAGCAAUAAAAUCAGCAAAAAAGCAUCUCACGGUGGUGACUCAGCGCGCGCGGCUGACGUUUGAGGAAUUUUCAACGCUUCUUACGGACAUUGAAGCAAUUUUGAAUUCACGGCCAAUCUCUCCAGCUUCCAGCGAUCCAAACGACCUAAAACCGCUAACGCCCGGACAUUUCUUGAUCGGCCGACCCCUAACUGCUCCGAAUCAGCAAGAUUAUCUUCCAAGUAACGAUGUGAGCUACGACGUGAGAUUUAAGUACAUCAGCGAACUCAAGAAGCACUUCUGGGACCGGUGGAGUAUGGAAUAUCUUCCUGAACUACAGAGGAGAGGAAAGUGGCACCAACCUUCAAAGGAGCUACAUAUUGGCGACUUGGUUUUGAUCCGGAAACAAAGGCUUCCAGUUCAAACUUGGACUCUGGGACGAGUCACCCAACUUCACAGCAGCCCGGACAGCAACGCUCGACUGGCAACUAUAAAAACGCCGGAGACGGAGCUAGUACGAUCAGUACACAGUCUAAGCAAACUUCCAUUACAGUCAGAAAAUUAA